UUUUCCUUUCAUUCUUAUAUCUUUUUUGUGUAUAUUUUCUUAAGUUUUUUUUUCACCACAAACUCAUAGCUAUUGUCAUGAAAUUAAUGUUUAAUUCUUUAACGCGUUCCUAUCUAUUGCAAAAUUUCUUUCAACUAAAUAAACUAGCAUGUGCCUCGGUAUCGUAUCAGUUUAAGGUUAAUAAACCUAUCUAUUAUCCAAAUCGUCAAAUAGAAAUGCAACGCAUGGAAGAACAGCAAAAGUCUCAAUUGGUAGCCGAACCGGAGGAGCAUAAACACAUGCCUAAAGAUUAUUAUUACAAGGUAUUGGGCGUACCCAAGAAUGCCUCAUUACAACAGAUAAAGGCUGCUUAUUAUGCUUUAGCUAAACGUUAUCAUCCCGACUUGUUGAAUUAUGAAAAUGCACCCCAACAAGUAUCUAAACGUUUUCAGGAAAUUUCAAAUGCUUAUAAUGUUCUAACAGAUGAAAGUACACGUUUAGAAUAUGAUGAAACGGGGGAGUGUCAUACGGAGGAGUCAUUUUUUAAUAAAGUUUCCAAAUCGGGUAAUAAAUUUCUGAAUACAACAACAAAUAAAUUAAAGCAAUUUAUGGGAUUUAGUGAGGAGAAUGCAGUAUUGAAUGCCGCAAGAAAUGAAGUCACCGCCCAAAUAAACACUAACCUGGAGCAAAAACUCGAUAUAACUUUUAUUGAAUCGGUGCAUGGAGUUAAACGUAAUAUAGAAUUUUCCUAUUUGAAAAAAUGUCCCUCCUGUAAUGGCAAAUCACAACGUCUGGUGGGACGUACAAAUUCGGAACUUUGUCGAAAAUGUAAUGGAAGCGGUCAAUUGUCAAAGAAAACAGCAACUUAUACCUCUUUAACUGUUUGCGAUCAGUGUCAAGGAAAACGCUACAUUAAUCGCAACCAGUGUGAACUAUGCGAUAGUCGUGGUUUUGUACAGGAGGCUACCAGAGUAACAGUUCAUGUACCAGCCGGUGUUAAGACAGGAGAUGUUAUCUCUGUUGAGAAUCCACAAACAAAACAACACAUUAACUAUCGUCUUCAAGUUAAAGAAUCCGAUUACUAUAAGCGUGUGGGUAACAAUAUAUUGACGGAACGUUACUUAAAUCUUACCGAAGCUAUUUUGGGUGGUACAAUAAAGGUACGUGGCAUUUAUGAGACAUUUGAGGUAAAAAUCGAACCGGGCACUGAGUCACAUACCAAGAUUACACUUAAAGGCCGUGGUAUUAGAACGAGAGAUAAUGUAGGUGAUCAUAUAGUCACCAUUAAAGUACGUAUACCACGCCAAUUGUCCAUGAAACAGAGACAAUUGAUAUUGGCCUUGGCCAAAACUGAAGAACAAACAUUUGAGCGUGGCUUUUAAGGCGCUUGUACGCUUUUCUAACGCCAACAAAAUUAUUGUAAUUUAUAUACAAAAACUAACUUUUUACUCCAAAUAUCUUUGUACUUUUAUAAAUAUUAAGAUUAAUUUCAAUAAAAAAAUUGCAUUUUGUAAAUCUUA